AGUGUGUGUGUGUGUGUGUUAAAACGCCACUUUGAGCAAGCGGGUGUCGGACAAGUGGGAACUGGGGUGUAACUAGGCAAACCCCAGAGGGUAACGGAGAAAACGAGAUAAGGAAGCCUGUAUGGAUCUGUUCCAAGGUCUCGAACCAUAUAACGGGGAGCUUGCCCUGGCUGGACGCUUGUCUCGGUGAAGGUGGGAGGGGAACGUUUGAACCCCUCCUCCUUGGGAACUUGAUUUUAAAUUUCAAAGUUCAGCUCAUCUGUUCCAUAUUUCAUGUCUCUUAUUCUGUGUUGAUUUUUAAUACUUUGUGUGGCAAUAAUAACCAGGCGGCAGCAAUGUUGAAGGGGAGAAAAUUUGGAGACAAAGUGAGCGAGAAGGAGAAGCAGAAGGGAACUGAGAGAGAAAAGCAAGGGUUGAAGAUGGCUGUAAGCGUGAAAACUCCUAAAUCAGUAGCGCUGCCCACUGAAGCCUCUCCUAUGCCAUACAAGGUCGGUGCUCCUUCCUCUGCCCCUGGAAGCAUCUACAGCGCCAUCUUGAACCGUAACCACGCCGUCAUCGACGCCAAGCGUCUGAAGAGCUUCACUGAGCUGAGGGACAAGUACUAUCACAAGAAGGUGUUGUUUGAAGACCCUCUCUUUCCUGCUGAUGACUCCUCCCUCUUCUACACCCAGAAGCUGCCCAUCACCUUCGAAUGGAGACGUCCACCAGAGAUCUGUGAAAGUCCACAGUUCAUUGUGGGAGGAGCCAACAGAACCGACAUCUGCCAGGGAGAUCUGGGUGACUGCUGGCUGUUGGCAGCCAUCGCCUGCUUGACUCUGAAUGAGAAGCUGCUGUAUCGUGUCAUCCCACCAGACCAAAGCUUCACAGAGAACUAUGCAGGCAUCUUCCACUUCCAGUUCUGGCGCUAUGGCGAUUGGGUGGAUGUUAUUGUGGACGACCGCAUCCCCACCUUCAACAACCAGCUGGUCUUUACCAAGUCAGCAGAGAGGAAUGAAUUCUGGAGUGCCCUCCUGGAGAAGGCCUAUGCCAAGCUGCACGGUUCUUACGAAGCCCUCAAGGGUGGAAACACCACAGAAGCCAUGGAAGAUUUCACUGGCGGGGUGACAGAAUUCUACGACAUGAAAGACAUCCCCAAGGACCUCUACAAGAUUAUGAGGAAGGCUUUGGAGAGAGGAUCCCUCAUGGGCUGCUCUAUUGAUGAUACACUAGGGUACACCACGCCUUCAGGUGAGCUGGGCCCUAUUAUCGAUAAAAUGCUCACAGAUGCAGAAAAGAGCAAGCUGGAGGAAACACCGAGUGGGGCCUUGGUUCCAGCUCGGUUUGAGACCCGGACAGCCACUGGACUUGUCAAAGGCCAUGCCUACUCAGUGACGGGGGUGGAGGAGUGUAAAAAAGGGGAGCAAAAGGAGACCAGGAUCCGUCUGGUGAGGCUCCGAAACCCCUGGGGCCAGGUGGAGUGGAAUGGACCCUGGAGCGAUAAUUCAAAGGAGUGGCUGUCCAUCUCCAAGGCAGAGAAGGAGAAGCUGCAGCAGCAGAAUGCUGAAGAUGGAGAGUUCUGGAUGUCCUUCGAUGACUUCAAGAAGAACUUCACCAAGAUCGAGAUCUGCAACCUCACACCUGAUGCUCUGGAAGACGACAAGAUCCACAAGUGGACGGUGUCGGUGAAUGAGGGCCGCUGGGUGCGAGGCUGCUCUGCAGGGGGGUGCCGGAAUUACCCAGACACGUUCUGGACAAAUCCACAGUACCGCCUGCGUCUACUGGAGGAGGACGACGACCCCGAUGACAACGAGGUGGCCUGCAGCUUUGUUGUGGCGCUGAUGCAGAAGAACCGCCGGAAAGACCGCAAGUUGGGAGCAAACCUAUUCACUAUAGGAUUUUCCAUCUACGAGGUGCCUAAGGAGAUGCACGGCAACAAGCAACACAUGCAGAAGGAUUUCUUCCUGUACAAUGCAUCCAAGGCACGCUGCAAGUCCUACAUCAACUUGCGUGAGGUGACGCAGCGGUUCCGCCUGCCUCCCGGGGAGUACAUCAUUGUGCCCUCUACCUACGAGCCUCACCAGGAGGGGGAGUUCAUCCUCAGGGUCUUCUCUGAGAAGAGGAACUUGUCUGAGGAAAUAGAGAACAGGAUUGAAGCUGACAAUCCAGUGCCAGAGAAGCCAAAGAAAAAGAAAGAAAAGCCCAUCGUUUUUGUGUCGGACAGAGCGAAUGUCAACAGGGAGAUUGAGCAGGAGGAGUACGAGGAGGAGAAAAAGAACAGGAAGCAGGAUAUAAAAAAGCCAGCACCAGCCUCUGCCGGGGAAGAGAGCGAGGAAGACAAACAGUUCCGCACCAUCUUUCAGCAGAUCGCCGGAGAAGACAUGGAGAUCACAGCCAAUGAGCUCAAGAAUGUUCUGAACAGAGUGGUUGCCAAACACCAGGAACUGAAGACUGAGGGCUUCACUCUGGAGAGCUGUAGAAGCAUGAUUGCCCUGAUGGAUACUGACGGAUCGGGCAAGUUGAACCUGCAGGAGUUCCGACACCUGUGGAACAAAAUCAAACAGUGGCAGGGAACCUUCAAGCACUAUGACACUGACAUGUCCGGCACCAUCAGCAGCUAUGAGAUGAGGAAUGCUGUGAAUGACGCAGGCUUCCGUCUGAACAAUCAAUUGUAUGACAUCAUCACCAUGCGCUAUGCUGAUGAGAACAUGAACAUUGAUUUCGACAGCUUCAUCUGCUGUCUUGUGCGGCUUGAGGGCAUGUUCAGGGCGUUCCAUGCUUUUGACAAAGAUGGGGAUGGAUUGAUCAGACUCAAUGUCCUGGAGUGGCUCCAGCUCACCAUGUAUGCCUAGACCAGCCUCCAAGCCUCCAAGCACAGGCCCUGACAGGCUUGAAGCUGGAUUCCAGGCCAAACUGCAACAGCUGUUACCUCAACCGUAAACCUACCAACGCAUCUCUUCUAUACUCCUUCCCCCUUCCAUUGCACAAUCUUCUCACCCCCUCCAGCUUCAUCCAUCUCUCUGAUUCUCUUAUCACUCUCUGUAUUCCCUCAUGUCCUGGUCACUCCUUACUUUCUCCUCACCAACACACACCAACUCUUGUCAACAUACCUCAGGGACAUAGCCAUUUCUCCAUAGCUGAUCUCCACCUGUCCAUUGUGUACGCAAUAGGUUUACGUACGCUCUCCGUGCAUGACAUCCAUCCUAGGUCACAAAGGGAAAAGCAGAAAGGAGAAACGGACCUCCCUCCGACUCCUGAUCCAUCUGCUCCUCUGGGCCACACUUCCCCUCUGUUGUUCAGUCACUCUUAAUGGCCUUUGGCACUAUUGAGCAGAAAUGGCUCGUUCCCACUGGGCACUAUCCAUGUCCCUUCACAGCCCAAAUACUAAGAACUGCCUCAUUUUUGACACUUCAUGUGGACAGUCCCAAAACCUGCAAACUAACACCUAGAGAUCAGUAUGUGAUACCUGUCAUCUAUUGCCAGUUGGAGGGGAUUAAAAGACGCUGUGGAUAUACAUAUGGUUUGAAAAUUUUUCCUAGUUUAACAUUGAAAUUAAGGCUUUAGUCAU